AUGCAGUCUAAUCCUACAAAUUUCAAAGAGUUUUCAUCUUAUCUUCGCUCCUCCUCUCUCCAUCUGGAUAUCCUUUGCUUGCAAGAGGUAUCUCAUUUCCGCUCUCAAUCUACUCUCACUGAAUAUCAAGUCCGUUCCUUUUCUUUUGCUUUUCCUAAUUGUUCUCUCGUUGUGUCCAAGCAUUGUGCUAUUAUAUGUCUUAAUUCUCGUUUUUCUCUAGUGGAUACGGAGUUAUUGUUGGAUGAACGUUGUCUUGUUGCAUCUGUCGUAGAUGCCUCAAGCAAUGUUUUGUGCAAAGUGGCCAACAUCUAUGGUCCAGCGCAGUCUUCUGACCGUCCUUCAUUUAUCUCUGAUCUUCUCUCUCUUUCUGUUUGGUCUGAUGUGUUCAACACACCUUGGAUGGUUAUGGGUGAUUUUAACAUUCACUUGCACUCUUUGUCUACUUCUCGUCAAGCCGAUGUCGCUCCUUUUGUUCACUGGUUGCGUACUCACUUUGUCAAUUGUCAUCCGGAUGGUCUAGCCACGUUUCCAAAGAGCAAUACUUGUAUUGAUUACAUCUUUGGUCACUCUUCUCUUGCUCCUCGUUUGACUAAUAGUCAGUUAUGUAAUGAAAUAGCCACCCAAACGCAACUUAAUUGA